AUGGGAAAUACACAGCCAAACACUAUUGGGUUAGGCGGUAGCAGCGCUGCCUCAGCAUCGAGUAGUAGUUCUGCCAACAAUACUUCACCAUUGAACAAUUUGUCAUACCUUACACCACCUGGCUCGGCUAGCAAUAGCUUAUCAAGCUCGUUAUCAAGCAACGCUUCUUCCUCGCUAUUUGGUACUAGUGUCUCCAAUGCAUCAUCUACAUACUCAUUCCACAAUCCUAGAUUGAGAUAUUACUUGUCAAAGUCUUUUGAUAUCGAAGAUGACUUGGAGUUUUGCCCUGAAAUUGCCGAACAUGGUUCUAGCAGUCCUGGUUUGAAAAAGUUCAAUCCAUAUACAUCCACUUCAUUCUCACCAAGCCAGGAACUUCCACACUAUAAUACCUCUCAACAAAGCAGCACAGGCGGGGCCGGUACCAAUUCGCCACGAGUGGUAACACCAAGAAUCAAAAAGCCUUUGGAGAUUGUUAACCCCCAGACUAAAAUGAGAGUUGAAUCGCCAGCAACUUCCCAAAGCAAAUAA